AUGGAUUCUCUGGCGCCUACCGAUGAGGGCAUUUCGAGCCUCUCGCAGAAAUCCACUACCUCAACUCUAGUAUGCUAUCAAGAUCCAGCCAAGGACGACGUUGUUGACAAAUGGAUGAAAGACACUUACGCGAACCUUGAGAAGGUCUCGGUGGGGAUAUAUGCGGCUGAUUACGACAAGGAACAAAGACUAUCUAGGGUCAUGACUGAUUCAGCACUUCGAAAGUGGCUCAGUAUUCGAGAAAAAUAUGAUCCCAAGGGACUAUUUACAGGACACCAUGGAUUUGCUAGCGUUCUACCGGAAAAUCAACUAAACAGAGACUCGGCGAACAGGAGCAAGAAAGAUACCUGA